GUUGCCACUGCUGCAGGUUUGGGGCAGUUAUUACUGGCAAGAUACCUUCUCCUACUGCCCUGGUAUCAGGGAACAAGUUUUCAGAUCUGGUGAAGCAGCGGGGAAGCAGGCAUGGUGAGACAGGGGCAAAUAACUUACAUCUAGAGGGAGUGGAAUCCUGCGGAGACCCUGAGCUCCCCCAACCAAGAGGGGUAGAAGGGAUCAUGUCAUACACGGGAGGAACACACCUCUGACUUCACAUCUCUGCUGACACACCGAGAGCCAAAAACCCUCCAGGCUGAACAACAACUGGUAGCAGCACAAGAAUCACCAUGAUGUUAGAAAAAGUCUGUUUCAUCCUGGAAGUGCUGCUGAUCACAAUUCUCGUGGUAGAAGGAAUUGCUGUGGCCCAGAGAACACAAGACGCACAGAACAUUGGAGCUAAACACAUCCCGGUCACUCAGUGUGGAACCUGGGUCCGGACCAGUAACGGAGGACAUUUCGCAUCCCCAAAUUUUCCUAACAUCUAUCCUCCCAACAAGGAAUGUGUCUACAUUUUGGAAGCUGCUCCACGCCAAAGAAUAGAACUGACCUUCGACGAGCCCUAUCACAUAGAGCCUUCCUUCGAAUGCCGAUUUGAUAACCUUGAAGUGCGAGAUGGCCCGUUUGGCUUUUCUCCUCUGAUUGACCGAUACUGCGGCCUCAGGAGUCCAGUGGCAAUUCGGUCGACAGGAAGAUUCAUGUGGAUUAAGUUCUCCUCAGAUGAGGAACUAGAAGGACUUGGCUUCCGGGCAAAAUACUCCUUCAUACCAGAUCCAGACUUCAGUUACCUUGGAGGCAUUCUCAACCCAAUCCCAGACUGCCAAUUUGAGCUAUCGGGAGCAGAUGGAAUCAUUCGCUCCAGCCAGGUAGAACAAGAUGGGAAAUUGAAACCCGGCCAAGCAGUUGACUGCAUUUGGACAAUUAAAGCUACCCCAAAAGCCAAGAUUUACCUGCGAUUCCUUGACUACCAGAUGGAACACUCCAAUGAAUGUAAGCGGAAUUUUGUAGCAGUUUACGACGGCAGCAGCUCCAUCGAGAACCUAAAGGCCAAAUUCUGCAGCACCGUGGCAAACGACGUUAUGCUGCAGACAGGGACAGGCGUUGUGCGGAUGUGGGCAGACGAAGGAAGCCGGCUAAGUCGAUUCCGCAUGCUAUUUACAUCUUUUGUGGAACCUCCAUGUAUGGGUAACACUUUCUUCUGCCACAGCAACAUGUGCAUCAAUAAUUCCUUAGUCUGUAACGGGAUCCAGAACUGUGCUUAUCCCUGGGAUGAAAACCACUGUAAAGAAAAAAAAGAAGCCGGACUCUUUGAACAAAUCACCAAGACCCACGGGACUAUAAUCGGAGUGACGUCUGGCAUUGUUUUGGUCCUGCUUAUAAUUUCCAUUCUCGUCCAAGUGAAGCAGCCUCGGAAAAAGAUCCUGGCUCGAAAAACUACCUUUAACAAGACUGGCUUUCAGGAGGUUUUUGACCCACCCCAUUACGAGCUUUUUUCGUUGAGGGACAAAGAAAUUUCCGCGGACUUGGCCGAUUUGUCAGAAGAACUGGAGAACUACCAAAAAACGAGGCGCUCAUCCACAUCGUCGCGAUGUAUACACGACCACCACUGCGGCUCCCAAACUGCUACUCUGAAACAGAGCAGGACCAACCUGAGCUCCAUGGAUCUUCCUUUCCGCAACGACUUUGCGCAGCCGCAGCCGAUGAAAACCUUCAACAGCACCUUUAAGAAAAGCACUUACACUUUCAAGCAACAAGCCCAUGACUGCCCCGAGCAGGGCAUAGAAGACCGCGUCAUGGAGGAGAUUCCCUGCGAAAUCUACGUCCGCGGCAGAGAAGACUGCGCUCAGGGUUCGAUGUCCAUCGACUUCUAGAACGCCUCAGAAAUGUCUUGUCUUCUAUAAAUUUAUAUACAUAUAUUUUUGAGACUAUACCCAUCACUGCAUUUUGUAAGAGAAAACAGACUGAAAAUUAACUCCCAAAAAUUGUAAAAUAAAGCUCUAUUUUUCUGAGCACAAACUCCAUUAAAAAGGUUUUGCAUGACA